CCGUCAUCAUCAUCACACCCUCGCCGCCAUGUCGAUGCUGGACGACUUCGUCGAGCAUGCCUCAGGCUCGUCGGACGCGCCGCGCGCUGCCGCCGCCGAGCGCCUCUCACACGUCGAGUAUGAGGGGUUCGAGCCGGAUGCCAACGAGGCCGACGAGGUGCCGAGCCUUGUGCGGGCGCUCGAGACUGGCUUCGUGCCCUCUUCCCGCGCAACACACGGCCUCGACCCCCUCUUCUCGCUCGCCGUGGUGCAGUACUCGCCCCCGUCCGACAUCCUCACCUUCACCUCGGCGAACAACAUUCUCUUCCUCGCCACGCAUCCCCUCUCGGUGGUCAUCAUCGACCUGAACAACCCCGCUGAGCUGCUAUCUGUCGACUUGCCCAAGCCCGGCGCGGACAAGGGCGGCGGCGCCGCGCCGGACGUGAGCAUCCGUGGCCUGUUCGCUGACCCUACCGCCCGCCAUCUCAUCAUCACCACCACGACGGGCGACACGUUCUACCUUCCCAUCACCCCAGGGAACCCGACGACCCAGUCGCGCAGGCCGCGUCCCUUGCGCGUCCGACACAACAUCACUGCUGUCGGGUGGUCGCCGUUGCGCGGAGUUAGCGCCGAUGGGAGCGAUGCGGCCAAGGGCGACAACAUCACGCCGCCUGCGACCGACGUGCUGCUGGGCACUGCGAACGGCGUGGUGCUGUCCCUCCCGCUUCCCCCAACCGACGACAUUUUCAAGACGGUCAACCUGGCUAUGAGCAAGGGCGGCGAGCGAGACCUCCAGACCGUGUAUACCCUGCCUGAUGGCCAGGCAAUCACCGGCAUCGCGUUUGGCUUCUGGAACGCCAAGUCCAAGCGCGGUGACAAACGCGCGUGGGUUGUCAUCACUACCCAGGAGCGGAUCUACGAGGUGCAAGGCCCCGUGACGACAACGGUCGCCGGCGGCAAGGGCGGCGGCUGGCCAGAAGAAGUGUUCAAGCCGGUCCGCGAGAGCGCGCCAAAGUUCCAGGAGCUGGCAGGCGACGUGCCAAGGUCGGAACUGCGUGUUCAUGUCCCGUCUGUCGUGGGCCAGCCCGCGACGGCUCUCCCUGCUCCCGACGCCAUCGCCUGGCUCACCGCCGCGGGCCUGUACCAUUCGGCUCUGUCCAACAAGCCAACAAACGACAUCCUCUUCAAGCCAACGCUCUUGCCGUACCCCCCAGCUCCAGAGCAGAGUCCCACGCCUGUGUUCGGUCGGGGCAGCGGCAGGCAGACACCCAGCAAGGCACCAAUACCGCUAUCGGUCGCCGUCACACAGUGGCACUUCCUUCUCCUCUUCCCGGAUCGCGUGGUUGCCGUCGCCCGCGAAAACGACAAGGUGGUAUGGGACGAGCCCCUGGCUCUCGCACCUGGCGAUCAGGCGCUCGGCCUCGCUGCCGACCCCGUGUCACGCACGUUCUGGGUGUACUCCGCCCGUGCGAUCAUCGAGGUUGUCGUCACGGACGAGGACCGUGAUGUGUGGCGUGCCAAGCUGGACAAGGGCGCGUUCCCGUCAGCUCUCGAGUAUGCCCGCACACCGGCACAGAAGGACAUUGUCAGGUCACGCCAGGGCGACGCGCUGUACGAGGAGGGCAAGUUCAUGGCCGCGGCACAGGCGUACGCCGAGUCGACGAGGAGUUUCGAGUAUGUCUCCCUUCGGUUCGUGGACGCCAACGAGCUCGAUGCUCUGAGGGUGUACCUUGCGGGUCGACUGGGAAAGUUAGAGAAGAAGGACCUCACCCAGCGCAUGAUGCUCGCGACAUGGCUGCUCGAGAUUUGCCUCAGCAAAUGCAACACACUCGAGGACCUGAUCGCUGCCGAGUCGGCCACGUCCGAUGUCGAGAACCUGCAGAUGGAGCGGACGAUGGUGGAGGACGACCUGCAGACCUUCCUGAAGGACCACAAGGCCAACCUCGACCCCAGCGUGGUUUACGAGCUCAUCCUCGGCCACGGCCGUACCGACCUCUACCUGUUCUACGCCGAGCUCAACAAGGACCACGACAAGGUGGUCGAGCAUUGGAUUGCCGAGGAGGAGUGGACAAAGGCCAUCGAUGUGCUCAGUCGCCAGGACGACAUCGACCUGUACUACCGCUUCGCCAGCUUGCUCAUUCGUAACGUGCCAAAGGAAACUGUCGACGCGUGGAUCAAGCAGCAGGCUCUGUCGCCUCGGCGUUUGAUACCCGCCUUGUUGAACCAGAAAUCGGAGCCACUGGAAACCAACCAGGCAGUGCGAUACCUCGAGCAUGUGAUCCACCGCCAAGGAUCGACAGACUCGACAAUCUACAACCUGCUCCUGACGAUCUACGCAUCAGAUCCCAACCCUGACGACGCCCCUCUACUCCGGUUCCUCUCCUCUGUCCCCGACGACCCAGUCACAGAUCGCCCAUACUACGACCUCGACUAUGCCCUCCGUCUUUGUAAGACUCAUGGCCGCAUUCGCCCCUGCGUGCAGAUUUACUCGCGUAUGGGGUUGUACGAGAGCAGUGUCAACCUUGCGCUGGAGCGCGGAGACAUUGAGCUUGCCAAGGUCCACGCCGACAAGCCCGAGGAAGACGAUGCUCUACGCCGCAAACUCUGGCUCAAGAUCGGCAAGUAUGUGGUCCAGGAGAAGGGCGACAUCAAAGAAGCGAUGAAGUUCCUCGAGUCGACCGACCUCGUCAAGAUCGAGGACAUCCUGCCCUUCUUCCCCGACUUUGUUGUCAUUGACGACUUCAAGACUGAGAUCUGCACGGCACUCGAGGACUACAGUGCGCGGAUUGAGGAGCUCAAGCUUGAGAUGGACGAGGCGACGCGGUCGGCUGAGUCGAUCAAGGCCGACAUCGAGGCGCUGUCUACGCGCUUUAUUGCUGUCGAGCAGAGCGACAAGUGUUGGCGCUGCCACCAGGGCAUCACGACACGACAGUUCUACGUCUUCCCGUGCCAACACUCGUUCCACGCCGACUGCCUUAUCGCCAUGGCGAUGGAGUAUCUCCCUGCACCAUCACUUCGCCGCAUCCUGCACCUGCAGAACGAGCUCACGUCACGGUCUGCAGUUCCAGGCCGCCAGCUCCUGUCCCAGGGCUUCGAGGGAGGGACAGCUACGCCACCACGGCGCGCCAACACGGCAGCGGGCGCCGCUGCUUCGGCCGCCGACUUCCUCCUCGCAGUACCGGGACGCAAGACACUGGUCGCCGCAGGAGACAAGCUGCGCGACCUCAUCGUGCCCGAUGUGCUCGCCCAGGCCGUCACUGCUGUCGGAGGAUCGGGCAGAACGCGCAAAAAGCGGGAUCCGGACGAGGAGGCCCGUGCCGAGGCUGCACGCAAGGAGAUCGACAGCCUUGUUGCUGGCGUUUGUCCCUUGUGUGAAGGGUCUGUCGCAGCGAUCGACAAGCCGUUUAUCCGCGAGGACGAGGACUUGUCCGACUGGGCGCUGUGAGCGAGGGAGUGCGCUAGUAGUUUACACACAUUGUACAUAGGUAUAAUCAUUGCAUGUGGUGGGAUUAUGCGGAG